CUCUUAUACUUUUUAUUUAGCGUCACCUGACUGUAAGAGCUGACCAACUGCUUCAAUGGCGAUAGCCGCCGCCAUUACAGUGCCUCUCACAACCCCAACCCGCCGGUCUCUUUCUUCCCUUUCCGCUAAUCCCAAUCGAAUCUCUUCUCCAUUCACUUUACAAUCGAACAAGCUCAAAUUCGCCGCCAUACAGUGCCCUAGUUUCCGGAUUUCUGCGGUAUCAUCAAUGAAAAUCGAAGUUCCGGAGAAUAGCUCUUCGGCUUCUUUCCUUGAUCGUAAAGAAAGCGACUUUGUUCACUUUGUCAAGUACCAUGGCCUGGGCAACGACUUCAUACUGGUUGACAAUAGAGAUACAACAGAACCUAAGGUCAGUCCUGAUCAAGCUGUGAAACUGUGUGAUAGAAACUUCGGUAUUGGUGCGGAUGGGGUAAUAUUUGCAAUGCCGGGUGUCAAUGGCACUGAUUAUACCAUGAGAAUCUUCAAUUCAGACGGAAGUGAGCCAGAGAUGUGUGGUAAUGGAAUUCGAUGCCUUGCCAAAUUUAUUGCUGAGCUUGAGAACUUCCACGGAAAGAAAAGUUUCACCAUACAUACAGGGGCUGGACUUAUUGUUCCUGAAAUCCAAGAUGAUGGAAAGGUUAGGGUUGACAUGGGUGAGCCCAUUCUAAAGGCAGCAGAUGUGCCCACUAAACUACUCCCUAACAGAGAUCAAUCUGUCGUUAAAUCAAGUCUAGAUGUAGAUGGAAGCACAUGGAAUGUAACCUGUGUUAGCAUGGGGAAUCCCCAUUGUGUCACUUUUGGUACAGCACAAAGCCAGGAGUUGCAAGUAGAUGAACUAAAAUUAGCAGACAUUGGUCCAAAGUUUGAACAUCAUGAGAUGUUUCCUGCUCGCACUAACACAGAAUUUGUUCAAGUUUUCUCCCCAACACACCUUAAAAUGCGUGUCUGGGAACGUGGUGCAGGCGAGACACUUGCCUGUGGGACAGGAGCUUGUGCCGUUGUUGUUGCAGCAGUGCUUGAGGGUCGUGCUGCAAGGCGUUGUACUGUUGAUCUGCCUGGUGGACCACUUGACAUUGAGUGGAAUGAGAACAACCAUAUAUACAUGACGGGGCCAGCAGAGGUAGUUUUCUAUGGGUCAGCUCCUCUUUAAGCCCCUAAAUGUAAGUUUAUUUGUACUUCAUCCUUUCUGUAAGUUUAUUUUGAUCUUCCAGAAUUCAUAAAUUUGCUCCAAAUCUUUGCCAACUUCGUUGGAGAAUGAAAGUAAAGCAGACAAAUUGAUCUUUGGAUAAACCACAUUACUUUCAUCGUUGCCUCAAAUUGAAAUUCUUUUGUUGUGA